AUGCUGUGUUCCGUGCUGUUGCUUGCUCUUACAUCGCAUGCGUUUGCUCGCUAUGUCGAUGACCAAAGUUUUGCUCUGAACUUUUUGAACCACUAUCAGUACUUAUCUCCAACGCGCGCGGGAAACCACGACUUGGUGGUUGCCAUUAAAAAGUUCCAAGAGUUCACUGGUCUCCCUGUGACUGGCAAGUUGGAUGAACUAACGCUUGCGCAGAUGAAAGCACCACGCUGCGGAAUGCCAGAUCCUAUGGGUAAACAAGGUCGAGUGAAGAGAUACAGUACAUCUGGCAGAUGGAACAAAAGACACUUGACGUACUUUGUGGAAUAUGGAGCUGAUUUAUCUCGUUCAAAACAAGACGAUGUGUUCGAGAAGGCUUUAAAGUUCUGGUCUGACGUGUCAGGUUUGUCUUUCUCUACGACAAGAAGCGCAAGUACCGCGGACCUUAAAAUCAGCUUUGGAAGCCGAGCACACGGAGGAGUUAGUGAGAACCAAUGUGGUUAUCCAUUUGAUGGGGCGAGCGGAACAUUAGCGCAUGCAUUCUACCCUUCUGAUGGACGCGCUCAUUUCGACGAGGACGAAACUUUCACUGACGGCACCAGCCGAGGAACAAAUCUUCUGUGGGUGGCUGUACACGAAUUCGGACACGCCCUUGGAAUCCAGCAUUCAUCUGUUAGAGAUGCUGUCAUGUAUCCCUACUAUACUGGGUAUGUGCCGAACAUGCAGCUUAAACAGGACGACAUCGCUGCCAUUCAGUCUUUGUACGGUAAGUUUUAUUUCGGUAGCAAAUAG